UUCCGACGGCUGUUAUCCGGGUUAGUGUGUCCUGUCUGCUAAGCUGCUAGUGCAAUGUACAUGUGUAUGUGUAUGUACGAUACCUCCAUGGGAAUGUUGAUCUGCUAAAAUGAUUUAUUAAGGAUGUGUACGGUUCCUCAAAGUUUACUUAUAUCGCAAUCGGUUGAUGAUUCCUAAUAGGGAGCCCCCAGGGUUGCUUUCAAAAUAGAAUCUCGACGGCACGCGGACAAUCUCCUCAGCGAGCUCCGCCUCCUGCCGGACAAGACUGCCCACAAGCUCCCUCUGUGCCUGCCGGGCACCAAGCCAAACAACCUCGACAGGCCCCUCGGCCAAUCGCUGGGGCAGGACAGCGCCACCAUGGACACAGAGUCAACCUACUCUGGGUACUCAUACUACUCGGGUCGCUCCAGGGGCUCCCACAGGCAUGGGGAGCGCAGCCGCGACCGCCACAAGUCCCGCAGCAAGGACAGCAGCCGCUCCGAGAAGUCGGUCACCAUCAACGCGCCGCCCGCCGAGCCGCUCCUGGGGGACCAGUCCGCUCGCGGAGAGGAGGUUCAGGAUGACAACUGGGGCGAGACGACGACGGCGGUCACGGGGACGUCGGAGCACAGCCUCUCUCAGGAGGACAUCGUGCGCAUCACCAAGGACAUGGAGGACAGCGUGGGGCUGGAUUGCCGGCGCUACCUGGGCCUGACGCUGGCGGCGGCGCUGGGGCUGCUGGUCUUCCUCACGCCGCUGGCCUUCCUGGUGCUGCCGCACCUGCUGUGGCCCGAGCGGCUCAAGGCCUGCGGCACGGCCUGCGAGGGCCUCUUCAUCUCGGUGGCCUUCAAACUGCUCAUCCUGCUGCUGGCCGUGUGGGCGCUCUUCUUCCGCACGCCCCGCGCCGGCCUGCCCCGCGUCUUCGUCUUCCGCGCUCUGCUCAUGGUGCUGGUGCUGCUCUUCGUCGUCUCCUACUGGCUGUUUUACGGCGUCCGCAUCCUGGACUCGCAGGAUGAAAACUACCAGGGGAUUGUGCAGUAUGCCGUGUCGCUGGUGGACGCCCUGCUCUUCAUCCAUUACCUGGCCAUCGUUCUGCUGGAGCUGAGACAGCUGCAGCCCAGCUUCUCCGCCUGCGUCACGCGCUCCACCGACGGGGAGAUACGGCACUACAACCUGGGGCAGCUCAGCAUCCAACGAGCUGCCCUGGCCAUCCUGGAAAACUACUACAGAGACUUUCCCGUCCACAACCCCGCCCUGCUGUCUGCCUCGAAAUCCCGCGCAGCCAAGCACCUGGCGGGGCUCAAGGUCUACAACGUGGACGGCCCCGGGAACAAUGGUGCCGGUCAGUCAAGGGCCAUGAUUGCUGCGGCCGCUCGCCGUAGGGACACCAGCCACAAUGAGCUGUACUACGAGGAGGCGGACCACGAGAGGCGUGUCAGGAAACGAAGGGCCAGGCUGGUGGUGGCGGUGGAGGAGGCCUUCACUCACAUAAAGCGCAUGCAGGAGGAGGACCAAAAGAAAUCCCCCGGGGAGGUGAUGGACCCGCGGGAGGCCGCCCAGGCCAUCUUCCCCUCCAUGGCGCGUGCCCUGCAGAAAUACCUCCGCACCACUAGGCAGCAGCAUUGCCACACCAUGGAGAGCAUCCAGCAGCACCUAGCCUUCUGCAUCACCAACAACAUGACGCCCAAGGCCUUCCUGGAGAGCUACCUGACCCCUGGCCCAACGCUGCAGUAUGGCAGGGAGCGAUGGCUGGCCAGGCACUGGACGCUGGUCAGUGAAGCUGCCGUCACCAGCGGCCUGAAGGAGGGCACCGUCUUCCUGCUCAAGUGCAUAGACUUUAGCCUGGUGGUCACCGUCAAGAGGAUCCCCUACAUCAAGAUGUCCGAGGAGUUCAUAGACCCCAAGUCCCACAAGUUUGUCCUCCGGCUGCAGUCAGAGACCUCUGUCUAG